AUGAACAAAAACGCGCUCAAUAGGAACGCCUUGAAUGGCCGCAUUCUGAAUGGCGGCCACAUUGAGAACACUCACACUUUGAACGGCCAUGCUCAGAACGGCUGCGCUGUGAACAGUCACACGCAACAUGGACACUCUAAUACGGAGUGCUCUGUCUCACCAGUCCCUGAUCUUUGGAUCACCGGCAUUGGCUCGCAAUAUCCUCCAUACUUGAUCCCGCCUCAAAAGUUUGUCGACUGGGCCCAGAGAUAUCAUGAUGUUGAAAAGCCAGUGUAA